AUGCCGCCCGCAGCAGCGACAAAUCUGCCUUGCGGCAUGGACGCAGACAGCACUCCAUGCGUCUACGCGAGACGAGACGACCGCGACGCCACCGCCAGCCUGUUCUCGGCUGUCCCGGCACAGACGCGCCCACGUGGCUUCCGUCGCUCGCCACGCGUCACUCGCAGUGGCACCGUUCUGGGCAAACGGGCUCAUCAGCUCACGACAGAACCGUCGACUCAGCCACAAUGCGAUGGUUUGGACGGCCACUUGCUCAUGACACCGGACCCCACCCCUAACCCAAAACGCGUACGAACUUCGGUGUCGGUUCUGGACGGCGACGGGAAUAAAGAGAAUAUUCCUCCAUACAUUGGCGAGAUUCUCGGUAUUUCGCCUUCUCCAAGGUCAAUGCGUUCGCUCCGUCGAAGAAGCACAGAGAUUAUCGCUUCGGCCGAUUCUCGCAACCUUCGCCGGCAUGCAUCCAUGUCAAAUAUCCGUGCGCUCCCUGCCACGCCCGCAUCGGCGAUGGGCAGCCUAUCUUUGGCUACCCCGCCAUCUACGCCUCCAUCGCUGUUACCCCUGCACGUUAGAGCGCGCGCUCUAUUGCGCCCAACAUGCAAUGAUGCGACUCACAUAGCUGGUCGACAGAGCGAGCGAGAUAUCAUUCAAUCCUUCAUUGAACCGUUUCUUCGCUCCCGUGAAGUUAUCGAGGACUGCCCGCCCGUACUGUAUAUAUCGGGUGCACCCGGAACAGGCAAGACAGCGCUCGUCAACGCCAUCGUUCGCCCGUUCCUCAUCGAUGCUGACGAGUUUGUCAAAGUCGUGUCUAUCAAUUGCAUGGCUCUUGAUGGCGUAGAGUCUGUGUGGGCCCGAAUUUCGGAGGCAUUGGGCGAGGAUACCUAUGCUAAAACUGUCAGACGCAACCGGAAGCAGAAGGAAUCUGCCUUGAGUUUUGUAGGACGAUUCCUUGCUCUGUCUGAUGUCAAGUGCAUACUCGUCCUUGACGAAAUGGAUCACGUCAUUUCCAGUCAACAGGAAUUGUCCACGGUCUUCUCUCUUGCCCGCCAAUAUCCGGGCAAAAUUCGAAUAAUUGGCGUGGCGAAUACUCAUACACUAACAUCUUCAUCUUCCUCAACCUUAUCUGUCGAAUCCAUGAAGGACGUGAAGACCAUUCAUUUUGCCCCCUAUACGCCCAAACAAUUGCUUGAGAUUCUCAUGUCGCGUCUAACGCCACUAUCGGAGGCUUCCGCCGAAGCCGAGCAUAGGGCAAAAGCCUUUUUGCCCUCUCAAACGCUUUCAUUGCUUACGAAGAAAAUCGCGGCUCAAACGGGAGACGUACGCGCCGUAUUUGAGGUCCUUCGCGGUGCAAUCGACCUCGCUGUCGCCGCAACGACUACCUCUGAUGUCCUGGAUGCACCUCCUCCUGUUGUCACGCCCUCGCAUAUUUUAAUCGCGUUGAAAGCACACGCUUCCGCCAACGUAGCCUCGCCCUCGAUCAAACCCUCCAUGGCGUCCAUAUCGACAAGGAAGAUCUCCGACAGCGAGACAGUCACGAAGGUUCAGGAGUUGGGCCUUCAUUCGCGUCUGGCCUUGCUCUCCAUGAUGUUGGCUCGGAAGCGGCUUGAGGCGGGACUGCCUCUCUCUGCGUCGACUUCUGUAACAGCCACCCGCACACCGGUCAAGCGGUCAACAUCCGUGAACACAUUGGCAACUUCCAACAAAGCCAAUGCCCUCGACGCCAAUUGUCUGCACGCGUUUUACUCGACAAUCCUUACCCGUGGUGAAGGCUCUCCAUUCGUCCCUGUUUCGCGUAGUGAAUUCGGCGACCUCCUGGGAGUGCUCGAGACUGUCGGCCUUCUGAUGCUCUCAUCGGGCUCCAUCUCGCCGAGUUCACCGUCGAAGGGCGGAAAGCGUGGGUUGAGCCGUUCGACAUCGUUCAACCUGCAUGCGAGCAACGCAGCCACGCAAGACGUUCGCUUCGUUGAAGGCACUAGAUUGGAGGAGAUAGCCCGCGGCCUCGGGAUAUCCGACGCACAAACCGAUGCUGCGACAAAUAUCCGAGAGGAAGAAGUGCGCGCCAUCUGGCACCGUGAAUGCAGCCGCAUUUCGAAGGACGCUAAGACGUCUAUAAGUCCAAGCAAGGCGGACCUCAUUGAGGGUGCUACCACCUCAUAGGACACUCAUCUCAUCACGCUGCAUAUUUUAACAUCUUAUCGUGCUCCAUGUGUACUCGAUUCCUGCAUCAUUCUCCAAUCCGCAGUUCCCUAGUCUGUCUCGCUGUCGUAGUUUUGUCGUACACCUAAAUGUCUGUUUGUCAUGUUCGUUCAGGACUUGGAGUCGGAUGUCAUGCAUUCGUCUAGUUACGCACUAUCUCCCUGUAACGUCGCAUCACCAUCUCACUAGCAAUCAAUGAUC